AGGCUCUUAGCAACCAGGGGGCCCCCCUUUGGAAGGGGGGAGAAGCCCUAGCCCCUGCCCCCCCCCCUUCUCCCCCCCCCCCCCCCCCUAACUCCCUUCACCUAGGAGCUGCCAAACACCUGGAUCACCCUGGGCACCACGAGGGGCUGAAUUUCUACCAGUCACGCGCCGUUUCACAUUUUUCCCGACCUCCUGCUCACAUCCGUAACACCCACUGAUUUUUCUACUACACUUUUUAUAAGAACAAGACGUUUUCUAGGAAGAUGGUGGCAGAGAAAGAGACCCUGACCUUAAACAAAUGCCCAGACAAGAUACCGAAGAGGACCAAGCUGCUGGCACAACAGCCGCUCCCGGUGCACCAGCCUCAUUCCCUGGUCUCUGAGGGCUUCACAGUCAAAGCCAUGAUGAAAAACUCAGUCGUUCGGGGCCCUCCAGCUGCAGGGGCAUUUAAAGAAAGGCCAACCAAGCCCACAGCGUUUCGAAAAUUUUAUGAGCGUGGAGACUUCCCAAUUGCCCUUGAACAUGACUCCAAAGGCAACAAAAUCGCCUGGAAGGUAGAGAUUGAGAAGCUGGAUUACCAUCAUUACCUGCCUCUGUUUUUUGAUGGGCUCUGUGAAAUGACAUUUCCCUAUGAGUUUUUUGCUCGGCAAGGGAUCCACGACAUGCUGGAACACGGGGGGAACAAGAUUCUACCUGUCAUUCCUCAGCUCAUUAUCCCGAUAAAAAAUGCCUUGAACCUUCGAAACCGACAGGUCAUCUGUGUCACCCUCAAAGUCCUCCAGCAUUUGGUUGUGUCAGCUGAGAUGGUGGGUGAGGCUUUGGUGCCUUACUAUCGUCAAAUCCUCCCCAUCCUGAACAUCUUUAAGAAUAUGAACGUGAACUCUGGAGAUGGCAUCGACUACAGUCAGCAGAAAAGGGAGAACAUCGGUGACCUGAUCCAGGAGACGCUGGAGGCCUUCGAACGCUACGGAGGGGAGGACGCCUUCAUCAACAUCAAGUACAUGGUGCCCACCUACGAGUCAUGCUUACUGAACUGACAGGGCAGCUGCAGGAGGGAGCGUCCCUCAGCGCCGCCGUCCUCUGUCCCUGCCGCCCUUAGCAUCUCAUUACUUGUGACUUUUCCAGUUCUCUUCCUACAGCUGCGAAGACAGUGACUUCUGGGCCAUUGGACUGUUAGCCCUAUUGAGAACGAGGCUUUCUGAUACAUAAAUAGUGCCUGUUUCUUAGAUUACAAUAGUGUACUGUGCUUAUUUGUUCGAGAAGAAUUGCUUCUUUAUCCAGCUCGGAUGGAGGCAGGAGUCCGAGUUAAACCUUCAGUUGUAUAGACAAUAAAAUGAUCAUUUUCAUACGCAAUUCGGCAAUUGCUGUGCUGUGUCUGCCUGCCCUGAGGUACUGUCAGGGGCUGUGAGGGAAGAGUCUGUGCUGACGGCUUAAUAGGUGUUUGUCAUGGAAGAGGAGCAUUAUUUCUGCGGUACCUCUCCAGCAGCUGUGCAGUUAUGUGCGUUGACAUUCAAUAAAACUGUUGAAUCUA